GAGGGCAUAGAUCAACCAUAGUGGCCGAGAGGGAGCAGGUUACUAUACUUCUGGUGCUCUGAAGCCAGCAGGUGAAAUAUUAGUAUAGUUUACAAAACACUAAAUUCUUAAGCUUUACAAUACGACUCUUCAAAUAUAAUUAAUUUAAUAUUAAAACAAACGUGUCCGCCAUGCUGCCGCUUGAGGGCGCUCGUUGUUUCUUAGCAGUCGGAUGUUGUGGCGAACAGCGGCGCAGCGGGCGAGAGACGAUGGCAUCCUGUGACAUUUCCUCCAGAGUGUGUGCAGCUGUGAAGUUGCUGUAACUCAAUAAGAAGGUAAGACGCGAGGCGGCUCUGGGGCUCUGUCAGUUUGUGACAUUGAAUAAAUCCCUCGUCGAGACCGACGAGCGUAGAACAAGCUUCAUAUCUGGGAGGGACAAGUGUGGCUAUCUGUUUGGCUAACGACCUGACCAGCGAGCUAUAGCCACCUGACAACUUACUACGCUGCCGAUAACAAUAACGGAGACUCCUCCAGCUACAACACGGUUAGACGUUACGCUCUGACGUCAGUUCCGAGAACGGGGUGGGAGCGUCGCUCGGUGUUUCCAUGGCCGUCAGCUGAUGGGCGAAGCGAUGCGGCACCGCUGGCUGCUCCUCGGGGCUUGCGGCUGGGUGCUGCUCAUCCUGAUGUUUGCCAGCAAGUUCGUCAGCUUCAGAGCCGUAGAUGACUAUGGAGAGAGGGUGGGUGGGCAGAGCUGGACAGUGCCGGGCACCAAGGGGGUGAAGAGCAAUCCGGUUUCCAGCCCAGUGAAACCAGCCCCGAAGCCAUCGGACCAGUCCUCCGUGGUACCGACGGUGAUCGAUUGGCAGCCAGUUGCUGAGAGGCGAAUCGAGUUGCUCUCAACUGUGUGCAAGAACAUCAGCCUUGGGAAUUUGACUCGCGUCGCCAUCAGCAAGUUUGUCCUGGACCGCAUCUUCGUCUGCGACAAACAAAAGAUAUUGUUCUGCCAGACGCCCAAAGUGGGCAACACGCAAUGGAAGAAGGUCCUCAUUGUGCUCAAUGGAGCGUUCCCUUCUGUGGAGGAGAUCCCGGAAAACCUUGUUCAUGACCACGAGAAGAACGGCCUGCCCCGUCUCUCAUCACUCACGCCGCAGGAGAUUACUCACAGAUUAAGCACGUACUUUAAGUUUUUCAUCGUGAGAGAUCCCUUUGAGCGCCUCAUUUCCGCCUUCAGAGACAAGUUCGUGAAGAACCCGCGCUUCGAGCCUUGGUACAAGCAUGACAUCGCCCCGGCCAUCAUCCGUAAGUACCGCAAGUUCCACCGCGACAGCGACCUCGCCGCCUCCGGCCUGCACUUUGAGGACUUUGUCCGUUACCUGGGCGACGCGGAAGGCCGCCGCCGCGUGGACCGGCAGUUCGGCGACCACGUCAUCCACUGGGCGACGUACGCGGAUCUGUGCGCGCCGUGUGAAAUACACUACAGCGUGGUGGGCCACCACGAGACGCUGGAGCAAGACGCACCCCACAUCCUCAAAGCAGCCGGCAUCGACCACAUGGUGUCCUACCCGGCCAUUCCUCCAGGCAUCACCCGCUACAACAGGACCAAGGUGGAGCAAUACUUCUCAGGCAUCAGCAAGCGCGACGUCAGGCGCCUCUACGCUCGAUACCAGGGGGACUUUCAGCUGUUUGGGUACCCGAGCCCAGACUUCCUCCUGAACUAAAUAAUGACGAACACUGACGAAGACAUGUCUGCAUUUGAACUCCUCCUCAACAUCUUUGGUCGACUGAGACAGGGGGUGUACUGUCGCUGACUGAACUGGCAGAGCGGAAAGCCUGGUAUGCAGGAGACACGCUGUCAUGUUCUAAUUUUAGAAACGACAGAGAUGUAUCGACUGUAUUUACGUUUGUUUUUUUAACGGAGGGACGAGCCGUCGCGGACAAGUGGGUGUUCGCAAAAAAACCCGUCGUCCAGCGAGGAGAAAAAGAAAGCGUCGCUGCAAAAGAUGGAUGUGAGCACAGACAACGUGGCAUCGCGUUAUGACAGAAUCUAUAAUUUUGUGCGUGGGGGAGGCGAUAUGAAAAUGAAAUACAGAGACAGAAUCCAUUUGAUGUGUUCUAUUUAAUGUUCACGAAUGACUUAUCCUCAGAGAGAGGUACGGGACACAGGCCUGUGACCCUGUGAUGUAGCUACUGUACCUCUCCUGUACCUCUCGCGAUCAUACUUGACGUAGGAGAAGCUGGUCUGUUUAGGGAUUCUAACUUUUUUGGACAAGGAGAGUGACCGCGAAGAAUAUGUGACAAACCGAUUGAGUAUUUUUCAUUGAUAAGAGCUACGAAUUAGCAUUAACUUUUAAUAUAUUUUUUUAAACCGUUUUUUACGAUUGGGAUAGUUUGGGUGUUUUGGGUCCAUUGUCAGUUUAUACCUAGAUGACGGUGGAUAAACUAUCCCUUAAAUGGCUUGGAAGACAGGAAAUGACUCUUCGAAUAUCAUGAAAAUACUUGAACACUGAAACAAAGGCCCCCGUCCUUGGUGUGUCCAUUUAAUUCUGUUUCUGUUCUGCCUUUACUGAAACUCAUGACGGAUAUACAAUGCUUUUCUUUUAUUCACCCAUUAACCGCACUGGGACAUUGAAGGAAAUUGGCACUGGAUUUUACAGUAUACUUUUUCUAUCAGAAAUGAACGGUGGAAAUGUUCUUAACAUGUCUUGCAACUCAACAUUUGUACUACAUGUUGCUAUUUAUAAUACAUCAUUAUUAUUAUUGGACAGGCUGUUCUAAUACGAGGACAACACCAGUUAGUAAUACAAAUUCCGUGUGUAAUAAUGUUCCUUCUUCUGACUAGGUGUGUGUAACAUCAAGUCAUACGCUCCACAUGUUCUGUUUGUUGCUGCAAUAACAUAAAGUGUCCACAAGGUGGCAGUACAACAUUUGA